AUGAGUGAGCGGCGCUUCUGUUUCCUCCUUAGAUGUCUUCGAUUCGACGACAAAACAACUAGACAAGAGCGUGUGAAGACAGACAGAUUUGCCCCUAUACGAAUCCUGUGGGACAGCUUCAUUGAAAAGUGCAAAAGGAACUACAUUCCUGAUGAAAACAUCACAGUUGAUGAACAACUGUUGGGGUUUAGAGGGCGAUGUGCAUUCCGCAUGUACAUUGCCAAUAACCCUGCUAAAUAUGGCUUGAAGAUUAUCAUGGCAAACGACAGCAAAACCAGUUAUUUACUGAAUGCCAUUCCUUACCUAGGGAAAGAUGUUCAGAGAGGUCAGGUGGGAAGUCUUGGCCAGUACUAUACAAUGGAGCUGAUGAGACCUUACUUGGGUCAAUACCGCAACGUCACAACAGACAAUUGGUUUAUGUCUCUACCUCUGGUCAAGGGUCUGCUAGAAGAAAAUACCACAGCUGUUGGUACCUUACGCAAAAAGCCCUACGUACCAGAGAAAAUGAUUGAACUCAAGAAGGAGCGUCCCAUCAAAACCACGGCAUUCCUCUACAGUGACCAAAUUAUGAUGCUGUCUUUCAAGCCAAAGGCCAAUAAAAUUGUUAUGCUCCUAACAUCAAAACAUCAGAAGGGGAAUAUCUGUGAAGACGGAAAGGCUGAGGUGGUGCACUUCUAUAACAGCACAAAAGGAGGCACUGACACAUUUGAUCAGAUGUGUCAGCGGUAUUCUUGUAGUCGAAAGACUAAACGUUGGCCUUUGUGCAUCUACUAUGGAAUAGUCAAUGCAGCCAGCAUUAAUUCCUAUAUUAUAUACUGCAAGAAAUGUUCUGAUCGCCAUAUCAAAAAGAUGGAGAGACGAUGUUUCAUGCAGGAAGCUGCCUAUGAGCUGGUCAAGCCAUGGGCCCAACAGAGACUCACAGAACAGGGACUUCCCCGCCAGAUAGUUUUCCACAUUCGUUCUGUGUUUGGGUGGGAAGCACCAGCUUUCCCAACAACAUCUGGCGAAGCAAAGAAGAGGAAGAGGUGUGAGUUGUGCCCCAGGACCAAAGACAAUAAGACUAAAUCGAAGUGCCAGUACUGUAGCAGGGCUGUUUGUGGGAAACACUUUGUUCCUGUCUGCAGAGACUGCUUGUAG